GGUGUCCAAUUAGCUAGUGGAGCAUUUGGGUAAGGAUAAGAUGCCAAGGACAAAUUCGAUAAUCGUACAAAGAAAUAUAAAGGCAGGCACUGAACUGAAGCUUCAAGACUUGGCGCCAAGAAUAAUGAUAGCAUCGCUGCACUGACCAUGCUUUGUUGCUUUGCUUUCCUUUGCUGGGUGUAUAAAGGCGCGCAGGAAUCAAACUAAUUAAGCUCACGCGCUGCACUCCAUCUCCAUGGUUGACAGCAUGCCACCGCUCGCAGCAGCCGCACCCUCGUCGCGGUGCGCCCCCUUAGCCCGCCGCCGCCGUGGCCCCGAGGAGCGCGCCAGGGGCCUGGAGGAGCAUGUGGGGGCCAGGCAGGGGUGUGGGCGGCCGCUGGGCCGUGCGGCGGGGGUACUGGGCGGCGGCAUCGCCGCCGCCUUCUUCUCGUCCCUGGAGCGGUGUGCCUGCGUGGAGGUCCGCACUAUCGACGACCUCUCGGACAGCAGCAGCGGCGCCACGGAGACCGCACCGCUCAUGGGCGACGACAGCGGUGCCCGCCGUUCUUCCACCCGCUCUUCCACGGCGAGGAAAAGCAAGAGCAAGGACGGCACGGCGAAGGGCAUGAGGGGCGGCCAUGGCGGCUUUGGGUGCUGCGAGAGCAUCAAUUAGCUACUACUCCCUCCAUUUCUAAAUACUUGUUGUUGGGGAGAACUAGACUAGUUCUCCCCAACAACAAGUAUUAUGGCACAGAGGGAGUAGCUCUUAGCAGUUGGUGUUGUAACCAAGUUCUCGCUGAUAUAUGCGGUGCAUGCGCGCGUGUGUGAACUGGUCCAGAACUCCAGACACAGAGACCAUGCAAGGGGCUUUGUAUAUGAUCAAUCUUGAUGUUCAUUUUUUUGCGCAAAACAUCUAGAAUCUAGAAUUAUUAUAAAAGUUCAUCAAGUUUUGUA